AUGAGCGAUCCCGACCAAUACUAUACCGAUCCAGAAGAGAUUCGCAAGGCAUUGCAUUUGCGUGAUGCUGGCGUGUUGCCUCCAGCACUCAACACGCUGAAGGAUCAAUUGCAAGAAGCGACCAAGAUUCGUGUGGACCCCAUGGAAAAGCGAACACGAUCGCUCGUCGAAUACGUACAACAAUGUCAAGACGGCAGCGAUCUAUUGGAUCUAUGGGAUUAUCAAGCUAGCAAAAACUUGCAAAACCUCGAAUGCUUGGUUCCAGAAGUGAUUGCACAAUUCCUGAAGCUCUGUACAACGCCCAUCAUUCGUCCUUUCGACACACGGAUGAAGUAUAUCACUCGCGGUUUGGCAUCGGGACGCAUUCCUCAAGUCAUGGCUACCUUCAAGCUUUUGGAAGCUAUGUGCUCUUUAGGGCAAUCAGCAGCUAGUGCCUUAUUCCACAACUUCAAUUUUCAAUCAGAGGGCUUCCUGAGAUCUGCUCGUUAUCGACAAAAGACCAAGACCAAGAAUCCAAAACGCUAUCUCUAUGAUCUUCGAACCCAAUACGUGCGAUUUGUACUUGCUUUCUUUAUUCAUGCGGAUGCUGGCGUCAAACGACAAAUAUUAAGCGUCAAGAAUUUCGUGCAUUCAGUAUUCAAUUCGAUUGAUGAAGACGCCUAUCAGCUUAUCCAAGAGAUCUUCUCAACAGUCAAACAGCAUCUCAUUGAUGAUACGCAUGUGCCACGUUACAAUAAGACCUUGUUUUUCUCGCAUCAGAUUCUGGAAAAGAUUGCGAAGCUUUAUGCUCGACGAGAACCUGAAGUGAUUGGAGCGGAUGAAACAGGCAUACCAGCAGAUCUUGCGCAUGACUUUCUUGUAUCCAUUUGCACUAUUCCUGGUGAAGGCAUCUGUUACAAAGAUUAUGGAUGGUAUCCGGUUGUAUCUGCUACAGAGACACAGGAGGCUCAGGGUUCUUCAUCCAAAAUACGCAACAAGACCUUAUCUCGGUUUAUCGCAGUGCUGAAACCUGCAGAAGAUAUUCGUCAGCAAAAGCUCCUUUUAAAGAUUCUAUCAGCAUGUCCAGAAUUGGUACCAGGAUAUUUCCAAAGCAUUGCGACAUCCAUUGAGCCUCGAUUAAGCAGCAAAUGGCUUGCUAGGAUGACAUUGGUUCAAAAAGUGAUUCGUUUCCCUGUACCAUCUCUCUAUUAUGGCGACAGUGAUGUAUACCCUGCAACACCACCAUCCGUCAACACCAUCCUCGACAAUAUUCUUCCAAACACCUUUGGACGCGUGGUAUCGGCUCGUGGUUUGAAGAAUGCAAGCCCCUUGGUCAAUUAUGCAACCAUUCUUCUUCUCACAGCAAGCUUUUUGAAGUACGAUGAUGUCGUGCGUGCUAUUGAAAAGGUCAUUUCCACAUCCAACGUCGAUGGCAUCAGCAAAUGGCACGAGUGUCUCUCACAACUACGCGAUGGAUUCCGCAAACGCCUCCCUGAUGUAUUGACCAUGGUCUCUGUAUAUCAAUCCAUUCAAUCCAGAGCUGAUAAUGGAGCCGAUGAAGCCGAGAUCACAGCACAGCAAGAGAUGAUGCAAGAUAGCACAUUACGCCUUUUACGCUUUUAUCAGCAAUAUCUUCCUGAAGCCAUGAUGGAAGCAAUGGUGGAUCCAGCAAGCUUUAUUCCUACAGACAUCUUGUCCAUGCGUCCUGAAUCCCUGGUCAAUUUGCUCGACAUGUUGUCAAAUGUGCCUGAUCUUAGGUGGACAAACAAAGCAGCAAAAACAUCCUUAUCGCACAUCACAACGCUUCUCGCCUUGUAUCUUCAAUCACCUCACAAGCAUAUCCAACAGCUUACCAGCAAAUUGAUCAAUCGCACACUUGCAGACUCAUUCAUGUUUCGACACGAUCCCAGUGAAGUACGCAUGUGGAUUGAAGCUUUACCUCGGAAUCACGUGGAUGAAAAGACACUUACAGAUCAGCAAACGACUAUUUUACGAUUUUUGGAUGAAUGUAUUGAUCGUUUCAACGGCGCACAAUAUCGUUAUAUGGAUCAGCUAUCUCAAUUGAUGGAGCGAGCCGCAUCCAAACACAAUGAACAAUCCCACUUGAUGCAAGCCCUUGUCCAAGCUGCUGAUACCGAAUCUUAUCCAUUCAGCGCGAUUUUGUUGACAGUUCUUCAGCACAUGCAAACUUUCAAAGGCAACAAAAAGACGAUCAUGGCGUAUGUCACUUCACUUGUUAUCCAAUUGAUCGCCAAGCAAAAGAUCCCAAUCUACUUACAAGAGGUGUGCGAUAUGCUCUAUCAACAAUGCAGCGAUGAAGCUCCAGAUGUAUCACCUUCCUCUGUGGCAGCAUGGGAUUCUUUCAACAUGGUCCAGCAAGCAUAUGCCUGUUUGUCAGCUUCAUCGGCAUCUUCAUUAUCGGAUGCUAAGGACUCAUUUGACCAAGCCCUUUUACAAAAUGCUAUCUCAGACAAUGGUGAUUUGACUGAGCGACGACAACGUAUGGUUGAGUUAUUACAAUCGCUCCCAGUGGCAGCCGCCGAUCAUCAUUUGAAAUCUUUGGCACAAUGUUGUGAGGAGGAACUUCAAUGGAAAUCAUUUGAGCCACUCGUGGAAUACAUCUCUCAACGCCAUCCACUGGCGGGCAGCGUCUUCAAUUAUACCGACAUCAACGCUAUUGACUCUUUGGAAAACCAGGAUGAGCAUGGUGUUAUGAUCCGGUUGAUGAAGGCGAUUCCUUUCGAUAUUCUUUUCUUCAACAUCUGGCAAUUUUACGAUUCGAAUCAAGUGGCAACCGAGCUACUCAAGUUUGCCGUACAAGAUUUCGAUGUCAGACGUCUUGCACAUGCUUUAUCCUUGAUUCUUGAAAAGCUCUCGGUCUUUGUCGACAAGGGGGAUACGACGAUUGCUCCUUUACAAUUGGCGUUUACGCUUGUCACCCACUUUUUCGCGCUUGCAGGUGAUAACCAAGGUCAGCUGAAGGCGAUGAUUAUCGACCAUCCAGUCAUGAACGAGCUCGAAUCUCGACUUAUUCAUCAAAUCGAAUGUUUGGAAACACAACAAUAUGAAAAUGUUAAUCCAGAGUUCAUUCGGGUUGUUGUCGAUCACGUGAAGCUUUUUGAUCAUCCUCAAGAAAUAUUGGGUCAUCUCAUCAAGGUCGAUAGUUUUGAUAUCAGCGACAAGCAACUGCAAAGCCAUAUAUGCCAGCUCUUGGUUUCUCUUAUGGAUGAUGUAUGCAAGAUGAGCAACACCCAGCUUGAAGAAAGAGCUUUUGAGCGAGUCGCAAAGCUUUGGAGAGUUUGGUCCCCUAGUGUGCUUGAGCAAGGCAUGCUAUCACUUCUCAAUUCUUGUGUCGAUAAUCAUCCCGAGGGCAUUCCAAUUCUUCUCGACAGUUGUAACGAUUUAUUACUACGCUAUAUCUUCAAUGGCGGUAAUUGCCGCAUCCCCUUGGACGUCAUUCAGAAUUCUUGCAGCUCUUCGGGUAUCGAUGUUGCCAAGCUUGUCCAAGAGGCUAUCAGUAGUCAAGAAAGUUGGUCUGUAUUAUCACCAACACUCGUGGGCGUGGUACAAAUUGGAUACGAAGGGAAUGAAGGUGACGAUCGUUGUGCAUAUGCCAUCAAGGCAUUGGAGAAGUUCCUUGGAAUUAUCGCCAAACCCAACCUCGUUGAUGUUCACGAUGCGUUUUAUGAUCGACUUGCAACAUUUAUGGAUUUGACGGAGGUGGAUUGGACCAUGCUCGAUAGGGAGUGCGUACGUGAUUUUGUGUUGAACACAAUCCUUGACAAUAUUGGUGAUGCGGCAGCUAUUCGAUUGACCGCCACUCUUGUGGACAAAGCGUAUCAUAAUAUCAACAAGCGUGAGCCAAUUGAGACGUAUAUGCGCCGUGUAUUAGAUCAUGAACAAUACCAGACAUUGACGAAUCCUGAGAACGACAAUGAGCAACGACGAUCCAUCAUUCGAUUGGUCCAUGUUUUGCAUGUUUUGCAACCUGAUAUCUUGGCAACACAACAUGGAUUACUUGAUCCACUUUUGACAAGCUAUGGUGCUACUACAUCAAGGCCUGAUCGAACGAUUCUUGAUAUACUACGUUCAUGUGAAGCUCGAGGACAUGGCACCAUUCUUCCCAAGAUGCUUCUUUGGGGCCCUGGAUCAGAUAAGACUCGCCAGGCACAUGCUCAAGCAGGAACCUUACUCCAAGCCGACACAAUUUCCAUGGUAACGUUUGGUUUGAUUGAUCCCGAUUUGAUGGAAUACACGUGGACACAUCUUCCUGAGAACAUCACCCUUGGUGCACCAGAGCCUCCCGCACAAAAUGACAAGCCUGUAUAUGAUCCUGCAUUCUUUUUGCCCUUAUUUGGAAAUUUGAUCGGCAAUGGUGCUGUUGAUUGCAAACGAUUUUUGGAGUGCAAGGCACUUGGGAUGGUGCUCGUAUCACUUUCUUGUCAAGAUGUACAAGUGCGUAUGCUGGGCUUCCAAAUGAUGGAUCAAUUCUAUGCCCUAUUGCAGCAUUCCAAGAUCACUGAGGUUGCACAGCUGAUUUACUUGUUGGAUGCAUUGAGAAAUUCCAUUGAAGGUCGACACAACCAAGAUGAGCCUCCUCGGAUACCAGCCGCUGUAACGGUGACAGUGGCACAUGCUGUGUUUAUUCUUCUUGAUCCUACACAUUACAUGUAUCCUCACAUCUCUCGGUUGAUUCUGCAAUAUCCCAACUUUGAUCUCAAUUAUGUUCCAAUGUUCAAUUGGGUUUUCUCUUCGGCGACACCUACACAUCGCAAAGAGCGUUUAUGGCUUUUACAAGUAUUGGCGUCAUCCAUGCGAACAUACGAGGAUUACAAGAUAUUCACUAGACGACGAGUGUGGGAUUUGAUCAUGUCUUUUUAUUCUUCAGUGAUGGCGGAUCAACCUACCAAGAAAACGAUCGUUGAGAUCAUGCAACAUGCGCUCACUAUUCCACGUGUGGGAAGCAGUUUGGUGCGGAAUCAAGGGCUUCAGGCUUGGAUUUACCAAAUACUCGCGCUAUCACGAGAUGAUGAGGAGAAACAUACAUGGGACAACUUGCUUCAGCAAGUAAAUUGUGUAGACAUUGAUUAA